AUGGAGUCAAUUCUCUGUGCUAAAAUGGCAGAUUGCUUGCACGGUGUUGGCAGGGUUCUUGUAUCGUCUGUUCAUUCACUAAUAACACUGUUCAGCAUAUGAAAACAGUAUGAAGGCCAAAAUAUUUUUAGCAGAAAGAGUGAAUAUGAUCUCACUUACACCAGCAAAAGCUUGGAGUCCAAACUUCCUGAAACUGGUAAAGGAGCAUCCCUGGCUCUUCAGACAUACCAGACUGAUCCUGCCAUGAGAAAGAUGCUAACUCAGCUGUAUUUCUAUAUCAUGCCUGUUUUUAACGUGGAUGGAUAUCAUUUUAGCUGGACAAAUGAUCGAUUUUGGAGAAAAACAAGAUCAAAGAACACGAGAUUUCGGUGUCAUGGUGUUGAUGCUAAUCGCAACUGGAAAGUGAAAUGGUGCGAUGAAGGUGCUUCAUUUCACCCAUGUGAUGACACCUACUGUGGUCCUUUUCCUGAGUCUGAGCCUGAAGUAAAGGCUGUUGCUCAUUUUCUCCGCAAACAUCGGAAACAAAUAAAAGCCUAUUUGUCCUUCCACGCAUAUGCACAGAUGCUGCUGUACCCUUACUCUUACAAAUAUGCAACUAUUCCAAACUUCAGCUGUGUGGAAUCAGCAGCCUAUAAUGCUGUUAAUGCUCUUCAGUCAGCCUAUGGUAUCAGGUACAGAUAUGGUCCUGCGUCUAGUACUUUGUAUGUGAGUUCUGGUAGCUCUAUGGACUGGGCCUACAAAAAUGGCAUCCCCUAUGCGUUUGCAUUUGAGCUGCGCGACACCGGCCAUUUUGGAUUUUUACUUCCCGAGACACUGAUCAAACCAACCUGCAUAGAGACCAUGCUUGCAGUUAAAAAUAUAACUCUUCAUCUGCUGAAGAAAUGUCAUUGA